CGUUGGAGGUUCGACUCACAUUUCCCAUUUCUCACUUUCCCAAUUUUCCCAUUCCCUUUGCUUCAUUUCCGUUACUCUCUCUCCUUCCCCUCCAAUUUGUUUUACUCUCUCCCUCUCUACACACUCCUCACUCCACUUCCUGGACUUCCUUUCUCUCUCCUUGAUCCAAAAACCCAACUCAAAUCCAGGUUUCAUUCGAUCCUAUUUACUCUCGAAUUGGAUCGGUUUCGUGUUCUUCUAUCCUGGGUCCAAUCCAAUCCCAUCCCCUGUUUUUUUUUUUCUUUCCAAUUUUCCAGAUUUGGGUUUUUUUUAUUCGAUUUGCAGGUUUUUGGCCAAACAAGAAAAAAAACCCAAGUGUUUUCUUUCAUCAGAUUUGUCAUGUAAUUUUGGGACUUAGCUGCCACUGAGCUCAUUUGACACUGAUCCGAAAACAGAGGAUUUGUGUUUUGAAGCUUAGAUUUGGCCAUGGAGAAAUGUAUUGAGACAGAAGCUAGCUCGUUUUUGAGUUUGUCCGCGGCCUUGUCGUAUGGGGCUGCUUCCAUGGCGAUGGUUUUCAUCAAUAAAGCGGUUAUUAUGGAGUACUCACACUCCAUGACCCUUCUCACAAUGCAGCAAUUGGCAACUGCUUUGCUUAUAUAUGUUGGUCGAAGAUUUGGAUACACGAGAUCAAGAGGAUUAGAAAUGUCCACUGCGAAAAAGCUUCUCCCUGUGUCGCUUUUCUAUAAUGCUAAUGUGGCGUUUGCAUUGGCCAGUUUGAAGGGAGUUAAUAUUCCCAUGUAUAUUGCAAUCAAAAGACUCACACCGCUUGCUGUGCUUGUAGCUGGAUUCUUCUCAGGGAAGGGGAGACCCUCAAUACAGGUGUGUCUUUCAGUAAUAUUGACUGCAGUUGGGGUUCUGAUAGCUGCACUUGGAGAUUUUUCGUUUGACCUUUUUGGAUAUAGCAUGGCCCUCACUUCUGUCUUUUUCCAGACCAUGUACCUUGUGUUGGUGGAGAAAUCUGGUGCUGAAGAUGGGCUAUCAUCAGUUGAGAUCAUGUACUAUAACAGCUUUCUGUCUCUUCCGUUUUUGAUGCUUCUCAUUGUAGCUACCGGAGAAUUUCCAAAUUCUUUAUCAUUACUAGUUGCAAAGAGUAAUUCCUUGUACUUUUUGGUGAUCCUCAUUCUUUCAUUUAUCAUGGGCAUUGUUCUCAACUUCACCAUGUUCUUAUGUACGAUAGUCAACUCCGCUCUAACAACAACCAUCGUUGGAGUCCUAAAAGGGGUUGGGUCGACGACUCUCGGUUUUGUACUACUGGGUGGCGUGCAAGUACAUGUUUUGAAUGUGACUGGACUGGUUAUCAACACAGCCGGCGGAGUUUGGUACUCGUUUGCCAAAUAUCAACAGAGGAAGAGCAAGCCCGCAAAGCGGAUUGCAGAUGUGGAGGCUCAUCGAAAAUAAAACUAGGAGUGCAGCUCGGGUGGGGGAAGGAGGGGGGAUUCGGUUUUAAUCACGAAAUUGCCAUUUUUUUAUGUAAAUUUUGGCUAAUGGUGUGGGUUUGCGGGUUUGGACCCGACAUGGGGAUGUAGUGUGGAUUUGUGGAGUUUGUUUGGUUUACAGCAAUUUUAAAUAUUUGGCCUUUGGCUGCCGCUCCCAACAU